AUGACAAGACAACCUGGGCCGAGAGCAAUAGCUGUCCUGUCUACCAUCGCCAAGCCAAUACGCGACAACCUCGCCAUGCUGGCAAAUCUCAAGGCCAUAUAUGGCACACCAGCAGACGUAGAAGCAAGCCUCUACAGGCCAGGGUAUUUCAACGAAGAAGCCGAAGCGCCGCCCGGAAACACAGGCACCAACGAAGCGCCGCCCGGAAACACAGGCGCCAUAAACUACGUGUGCUAUCCUGGCGAAGAAGAUGAACUUUUCAGGAACCGACAGACCAAUUAA